AUGGAGGAAGCAAAGGGACCAGUGAAGCACAUACUCCUUGCUAAGUUCAAAGACGACGUAAGCCCAGAGAAAAUCGAAGAGCUCAUCAAUGGUUACGCCAACCUCGUCAAUCUCAUCGAACCUAUGAAAGCUUUCCACUGGGGAAAAGAUGUGAGCAUAGAGAAUCUGCAUCAAGGAUUCACACACAUCUUCGAAUCCACAUUCGAGAGCAAAGAAGCUGUAGCAGAGUACAUUGCUCAUCCUCUUCACGUUGAAUUCGCCAACUUGUUCCUCGGAAGCUUGGAUAAAGUGUUGAUUAUAGACUACAAGCCUACCUCUGUGCAUCUCUAA